AUGGACAAUUUUCCGGCGCCAGUGGAAGCCGCUAACAAACCGGCUCGUCACGAUGGAAAAUCGUUGAUAUCGAAACCGAUACGCAACUCGUCGUGCACCAUUCCGAACGAGUUGCUCGAGUUCGACUACUCCUACGGCUACGACUGCAAGCGCUACUUCAAUCUGUGCAAAAUCGAAGAGAAUGUGCUGGUGUUUGCGUCGGGAAAUUUGAUUCACUUCUUCCACGUCGGGACACGUACCGUUACGACCCGCCGCAGCUCGACCGGCGGUGGUAUCGGCUGCAUCACGGUUAACCCGUGCACCGAGUACUGCCAUCUGACUGUGGCCGAAAACGGAGUCAAUCCACCGAUCAUCAUCUACCAGUACCCGGAGAUGGAGGUGGUUAGCGUUUUAGUCGGUGGCACCACGGCCGGUUACUCUCGCGUCGACUAUUCGGGCGAUGGGCGGCUGCUGAUCUCGCAGGGCAUCGAACCGGACUACAUGCUCACGGUGUGGAACUGGGCCGAGGGUGAGAUCGUGUUGCGCUGCAAGUCCUUCUCGAACGAUGUCAUCAACGUGAUGUUCUCACCGAGCGUCCCGGGGCACAUCACAACGUGCGGGCUCGGUCAUGUCAAGUUCUGGAAGAUGUCCAACACCUUCACCGGCCUCAAGCUGCAGGGUGAGCUGGGGCGCUUCGGGAAGACGGAAAUCUCGGACAUCAUCGGCUUGCUGCCCCUGCCGGACGAGAAGGUGCUGUCCGGGUGCCAGUGGGGCAACAUCCUGGUGUGGGAAGCCGGGCUCAUCAAGCUGGAAGUGUGCCGGAAGGGCCGGAAGCCUUGCCACGAGGGGCCCAUCACGCAGCUGAGUAUGCGCGGCAGCGAGAUCAUGACGGCGGGGCUGGACGGUAAGAUAAAGAUCUGGUUCUGGGAGACGGUCGAGUUGGCCGACCCACCGGAUGACGAUCGGUUUGUGGAGAUCGAACCGAUCAUGGAGUUUCGCAUCGGAACCGACGCGACGCAUCACAGCGAGUUGAUGUGUUUGGUGAGCAGGGAACAGGGAGAGUUCCAGUGGUACGCUCAGGACGGGGCGGGAGGAAUUUGGUUGUGCGAUCUGACACCGGCCCAUCACACGGAGCCCCCGCAGCAGCUGUUUCGGUGCCACGCCGGACCGAUUGCGGCGGUCCAGACCAGCCCGGUGUCGGGUCACGUCGCUACACUCGGCGUGGAUGGCAAACUGUGCGUUUACGACUACCACAAGCGCGAGCUGCUGCUAACCCAUCAGUUCCAGUACUCGGGGAGGACCAUGCUGUGGCUCCCGGUAACGCUGGAUCCCACCGGAGCUAUCUUGGUGCUCGGCUUCAGUGAUGGGUUCCUGCGAACCGUGGCAGUGAACCUACACGAUGGCCAUCUGGCGUACCCGGAGAAUCGCGUCAAUCUGAUACAGCUGCUUAAGCCACACACCGAAGCGGUCACGGCGCUUGCGCUCAACGGCUCCGAAACCAUUCUGGUGUCCGGUUCGGAGGACAGGACGAUCUUCGUGCACCGAUUCGUUCGCACGGGACCACACGUAACGAUCGAACCGAUCGGGCUGGUCUACACUCCGUCGGCGGUUAGCUCGUUGAACUGGAAGCCAGGCUCGGCCGCCACGGCACUGGUCGGUUGCCGACUAGGGCAACUGUUGGAGGUGGACCUACCGGAGCAGGAGGUCGACUACACGACCAUCUCCUACCAUCUGCGGCACGUCGAGAUCAAGCAGCUGGUGUUCCAGUCGGUCAAGUCCGAAAUCAAACGCAACCUUCUGAUCGCGGACACCGAACGGCGGAAGCAGGAGAAGCGGGCCAAGAAGCAGCAGUCACUGGACCGGCUGCGGCAGGCGGAUCCGAAGGCGGAGAUCAACGAGGAAGCGUUUCUGGCCGACUCGGACGAGGAGCAGGACCUGGAACCGCUCUACAUCCCGAAAGUGCCCAGCCCGAUACUGUGGGCGCGGUACACGGACGAGGACACGCUGUGGCUGUCGAUGGGUGGGUACGACGCGGGGUACGUGUACGAGUAUGGGUUCGACGAUGAAGAUCCUCUCUCGUGCACACCGAUCCCGGAUGCCGAGGACACGGAACUCACCUGCUUCUUGCAGGACACCCACUACACCAUUUAUGGCGCCAGCGAUGGGUCCGUGCGGGUGAAUCGAACGAAGCAGGACUUUCGGGAUCUGGGUGACCAUUGGACACUGCCGAUGCACGAUAACCGAACCGGGCGGAUCACGGGCUUGGCGUUCAGUUAUGACUUCUCGUACCUCUUCAGCGUCGGCACCGAUGGUAACCUGUUCGCCUACCGCUGGUACGGUGCUGGGGACGCGUUUCAGGCCGUGCCACCGAAACCGUUGGAGAAAGGUGUCAAACGUGUGUUCGACAUCGCCGAGCAGGGCUUCCCGUCGCUCGAGCAGCAGAAGGCGAAACGAGAAGCGGACCGAUUGGCGAAAAUUGUGACCGACCGUAGGGAGGUGGUCCGGAAGAAGGUGGCCGAGCAUCGGGAGCGGUUCGUCGCACUGCUCGAACGGAAUCGUGCGUUGCCCCCGGCGUACCGUAUCCCCGUGACGGACUUUGUGCUGGAUGAACGGAUCAUGGACGAUUUGAGGGAGCAGCUCGAAGCGGACAUGAGUCUGGUGCACCGCCGGAUGGCGUUCGAUGUGGAAAAGGUGCGCAUAACGGCGCGUAAGCUGAGCCAAUUCUUUCUGGAACCGCUCGAAAGCUUUCCGAUCGAGGUGUUGGCCGUGAGGAGCGAACGGAGCGUCAAGAGUUUCCGUAUCGAAAAGCUGGACGAUGAGUACUUCGAGACCGUCAAAGAGGUUGACCGACUGGUCGAGGCGGAAGAACUACGGAAGCGCCGAUUCAUUGAGUUGUGUAAAACUCCGGAGGACAGGCAUCCCGAGACGUCCCCGACGAAACGCAAGGACCGCCGUAAGGACUCUCAGAUGCAGAGAAAAGAGUCGUUCCUUGAGGGUCUGUCACAGUCGACGAUCGACUUCAAGCUGGAAAGCAAAAUGAGGCGCCUGUUGGCGAAGUACCGCGAGCGAAAGAACCAGGAAACGGUCCGGCAGCAGGAGUGGGAAGCGCACAAGGCGGCCAAGCCGGACCCGAACGUUAACGAUCCGGCCGACGAUCAGGCCAUCCAGGAAGCGGCCGGUUCGAUCGGUGACUACAACCUCAAGAGCGACCCCGAGUACGAACCGUCGGAGGAGCGGGUCGAAAGUGCCACCGGCAAGUACCGGGAGCUGUUGCGUGUCCGCCAGGAAAUGUUCACCAUCCAGAGCGCGUACAAUCGCAAGGUGUUUGCGUUGCGCGAGCAGAAGCUCGACCUGAUGCGCUACGUGGCCAAACAGAAGCGUAAGCUGCGGGACAUUUACGAAGAAAUUCCGGCCGACAAACGAAAGUCGCUGCCGGUCGAGGUAACCAUCAACGUGGACGUCGAAUACGCUGACGAUCGGUACAAGUUCGAAGAGGAUCGAACUAAUUUCGAUAGCCCGAGUCAAGCGGAUACUCCCAAAGGACCGGGUACCAAGGGAACGCUGGCGUACUUCGAUUCGAUCGCAAAAGACGCUCUGGGAUUGGCCGAUGCUGAGGGUACAACGCGUCCACCGAUGGCUAACAAGCACGAGCAGGAACUGCGGGACGAGCGUCUCGUCAGGAAGCUGUUCAAACAGGACAAGAUCAUCGGUAAGGUGGCCGGACGCAUCGGCCAGUUCGACGAUGAGCUCGCCAAACUGUCCCAGGAACGGUUGCAGGUCGAGACGGAUGCGAAAUUGUUGGAAAACUUUCAGCUCACCCUGUACCAGGAGCUGUGGAUACUGCGCGACUUUAGCAAGAUCGAAACGGAGAUCGUGCGGGGCGUGGAGGAGAUAACGAUCGAGCGGAACGAGCUCCUGAGGGCGGUGCACGAUGCGAGGGCCGCGAUCGAGCUGGUAGAGCAGGAGAUCGAGACGAUACAGCGAGAGCAACGGUCGAACCUGCACCGGUUCAACUCGGCCUGCCUGGACAACGAGUACGCCAAGGUGAUGAAGCGGAUCUACAAGAAAAAGUACAAACCGUGCAAAAUCAACGACAACGAGUCGGACUCCUCGUCCGAGUACUCCUCGGAGGAUAUCGAAGGGCUGGAGGUUGCGAACGAGGGAGAGGUUAGCAAGGUGUUCCUGGAUCUCAACCAGUGUCCGGCCGGCUGCGAUCCGGACCUGUACGGGCUGGCUAUCCAGCUGCGCAACGAGAAGCUGGACUUGCAGCGCCGUCACUACGCCGAGGACAAGACGCUGAAAGAGUGGCACCGCAACCUGGAGAACCUGAAGCCGAGCCUGGCCGAAACGAACGUCCGGUUGGGGCGCAAGAAGGACGAGCUGCUGGAGUUGCGGCGCGACAAGCAGCGGCGCCUGAACGACAUCGACACGCUGGUGAUCGUGCGGAUGGAUCAGAUGCAGUACUUUCGCACGGAAACCGAGUUCCACGACGUGGAGAGCAGCCUCAUGUUUAACCGGGACGCGCUGCUCACCCUGUACUCCCGGGUCGACCAGUUGGCCGCGGAAACACUGGAGACCAAACGGAAGCACCGGGUCAAUGUGGUCCACCUGGCGCGCAUGAAGACGGACAUCAAGUACAUGCGCCAGCAGCUGGUCUCGCUGAAGGAGACGAUCAACGGGACGAUGAUGAAGAAGUUCGGGCGCGUUAUCGAUCUGGACGAGCUCGAGGAAACGAUCCUGCGCCAGUACACGUUCGAGAUGCGCGCAAACUUGGACGACGUGAAGAAGAGCUACGCCGAACGGACCAAGGAUCUGAAGAAGCUGUACGCCAGAAAGCAGGAAGAGCUGAAGAAGGUCAUCCAGGAGGGCACCGAGAAGCUGCACAUUCUGACCGUCCUCCAGGAGGAGUACAACAAUCUGGAGAAAUCGCUGGCCCACCAGAGGGCGCUGCAGGAAAAGCGCAAUCAUCCGCAGCCCACCUACUCGGACGAUCUGACAAAGUUGCGCGAGAUUGCCAAAAUCCAGAAGGAACAGAUCAACACGCUACAACGCGAGAUACGAACACUGAGCAUGAAGUGUAAGCCGCUGUCGGCGGAAAGUCCGGACGUGGAGAUUAUCAUCCCGCCGCCGGUCACGGGCGGCAAACCGCUCCCGCUGGCGGACGAGUCCGUGUACAACGCGGUGAUGGAUUCGGCACCGCCAAGCACCCGUGCCAGUUCGCCGGAUAACUUCCUGUACAACGAAAUUUCCGGCCUUAUCGAUGACUUCCUGAUGGAGCAGCUGGGGUCGCACGUGCUGCAGUCGGACAUUAAGCGCGUGGUAAACCACCUGGCCCACUACCUGUCCAACAUCAUACACAACUUUGCACCCGAACACGCUAGCGAUCUGUUGCCACACAUCAUCGAGAACUUCAAGUCCUUCAUCCCGGAGGAGCUGCUGAUCACGAUCCCACCGCAGGCCAUCGCCGAGCUGAUCGAGAGCAUCUUCCGCACGUUCAAGGAGGGCUACGACAUCGACACCAAGGAGAUCUUGGGCGAGAUCGUGAGCAACAGUCUGGAGAUGAUCUUCCCGGCGUCGCAAAACUACUCGCACAACAUUCUGGUGGACAUCAUGAAGCAGGUCCUGGCGACGCUGCACCUGGCCGACGUAAGCCACCCGGACACGGUCGGGUUCGUGGCGAACGGGAUCCGCCACAAGCCGGGGAUCGACGCGGAUGACGUCAACGUGGCGCUGGUCUGCGAGGAGCUGCUCGUGUACGCGCAGGAGAACACGGUCGAAGACAUCACACUCGACACGAUCAGGACCGUCAUCGAAGGUAUUCUGCAGUGCGUGCGAGACCAGUAA